UCCGAAAUGUCAGAGUUUUGUUUUCUUACAGGCAAGAAAAUGAUUUUUAUCAGUUUUGAGGAGCAUUGUCCUCUCAUGGGGAUCCGCUUCUUCAUCAGCAUUGGAACUACAGGGCUUUUACAUCUUUUCCAAGUCUGAGGUUGAGGAAACUGCUAGCUUCCUCUGUCCCACCAGCAUGACCCUAUCUGGAAGAGGCUCUGUCGUCACUAGAGCAUGUGCACAGGGCAAGACCAGGGGUAGAUCAACACGAGCAACAGUUGGAACAUGCCAAUCAGCAUCAUCAAAAGACACUGCUUCUGUGCUUAACUCCCUGCUCUGGAAGCCCCAUCCCCCUCCUGAGAUUGCUGCAAUAACAUCUGUGGGCUGCACUUCCUGACUUAGUGCCAGCUUAAUAGCCAAGGUCCCACAAUUGUCUCCUUGAUUUUUUUUCUCCAGCACCAAAACAACUCAAAUUAGUUUGAUGGGGAAGAAAUAUGACUUGAGUAGGACAACGCAGACUGCAAAGCAGUGGGUUUAUGGUGCCCUCUGUAUUCUUGGUAGGGACUUACCAAUCAUGCUGUUUCCCUACCACACUCCCUGUAGAGAGAUGUUUAUGAAAGAUUGUUAUUUAGAGACGCUCCCUCAUAAGGGACAGUGUUCUAAGUGAGGGAAUUUGGAGGUAGGACCUGGAGGCAGAGGUUGGGAACACCACACGGCUGUGUGCAGCAGUUCACCUCAGAAGCUAUCCAGUUUGUUUUAUUAAAGUUUUAUUCCUUUCUCAUUCACUGGUUUAUUAUUUAAUGACCCCAAGAUGGCUACAUGCUGUCAGAAGUGCUGAAUGAGAAGAAAACUACAGUCAUUUUGAAGAUAACACCUGUGUUUGCAACUGAAAGCAGAGUCAAAGAGAGGCACCAGAGAAGCACAUGGAGUACCAGGCACAGAUACUUGUGCUUGUAUUUGACUCUUUAUGCCUUCAUGGAGGGGAGUCCUGUGCGACAUGCAGUAAUGGAGAAGUUUUCACAAGAAGUAGAAUCCCAGUUGAAGACUUUGAAACACAAGAUGGGCAUGCAGAGCGGAAGAAUGGCUGCUGUAAAACAAAACUACUCCAUCAUUAUACAAGCUUUAUAAGAGAUUAUCAAAACAACUCACCUUGCUGACGCUAAAAUAAAAGCCAAGGGUCUUAUCCAUGAACUAAAUUCAUUCAACUUCAUCUUUACCCUUCACAUGAUGCACCCCAUUCUCCAGAUGGUGGUAAAAGUGAGUAAGACUCUUCAAGCUCCAGAUCUCAGCUCACUUACUGCAAUGACAGGGGUGAAAAGCUUGUGUAACUCUUUAGCUGCGACAAGAAGUGGCCCAGAAUAUUUUCAAUCUAUUUUCAAUGACAGUGUGAAAAUGUGUGUAGAGAAUGAUAUAUCGAUUCCUCCAGUUAAGAAGAGAAAAAUGUCCACUCAUACUGAUGACGCGUUUGAAUCCCAGCAUCACUUUGAUACAAAAGAGGAGCAGGAGAGAAUAACAUCAUUUUAUCCACUCCUAGAUUCAAUGAUUACUGGCAUUGACCAGCAAUUUGAACAGGAGACUUGUAAAAUUGUGACUGCAAUGGGAAAACUGCUGACCUUAGACAUUGGCAGGGACGAUAUGAAAAUCAUUGCCAACAAAUUUAAAGUGUCCUUGGAUGAGUUGGAAGCUGAAGUCGGAUUGCUUUGGGGUUAUGACGGAUCUGUUCCUAAAGGUAGCACUACGAACACCACCAGAGAGUGGCUUGAUUGGCUAAAGGAAUUGGAUCGGUCUUCCAUGUUCCAGGCCUUUUACAAAUCUAUUCAAUGCUUUGCAGUCUUAUCUGUUACAAGCUGUUCAUGUGAAAGAACCUUUUCAAAACUAGCACAUGUAAAAACCAAACUAAGAAGUACAAUGUCCCAACAGCUCCUCGACUCACUCAUGAUUUUGUACAUUGAACAAGAAUUGGCUUUGUCAGUUAAUUACAAUGAUGUGAUUGAGGAAUUUAAGUCCAUAACACCUGGUGAGUGACGUCUCAUUCUCUAGGACAGGAAGAUGAAGAAACCUUUAUCAGUUUUGGUCAAUUUGGGUUAGCUUAUUAUCUGGUUAAAGAUACAGUCAAUUUUCAUUAUCUUUAUCUUUGUAUAUGCCUGGUUGUCACUACAGCAAAAAUUUGGUAUUUUGUGUCUCAUUUUUUAAGUUUGUAUUUUUUAAGUAAAGUUUAGUUGUUAAUUUAAAAAACAUUAAGUUUAGUUAAGUUUUAGUUUCUUUAGUUUAUUUGAUGAAUAAAAAUA